AUAUACUUCAGUCCAUAUAUUUCUGUGUGUUGGGUGUGUUAUACAAAAAAAAACUGAGAAGGACAUCGUUGGUUUUUGACGAAUAAUCUUUUUAUAUGCGGAAGUUUUCCAUUUUAGAGUGUUUUUCCUGCACUUUUAACAGAUUCUGCAUAAAGUUAGGUGUAAUGUGGUGCUUGUGUGAAUGAAAUUGAUAGUCGAUUACUGCUCAAUCGCUGCGAAAGUGUAAUGCCUUUUCUCUGGCCGCCAGCAUCAGCUAGCCAGAAAAUGGGUGGUUCUAGCGGAAUGGAAAAAUUGCUUGAAGCCCAACAGCAACAACUGGAUGACAUAACGAGCGAGUCGUCUUUCUUGGAGUUCCUUCGUAACGAGCAAAGCUGUCUGGGAGCUGUCAUUUCCGGUGAAUGCACCGGUGAUAGCGGUAGAAACGGUUCCACCGAAGAUGUCGACGUGGAUCGUAUUUUUGCACAAGUCAACAAACUGGCAGGGGGAGUUGAAGAUGGCAGGAGUGUGGACGAGAUUCUACUGGAGGCAGAACAAUUGAUACGAGAGCAGCCGAUUUUCAGGGAGCCUGGUGAAAAUGGUAUUCGCUGUAAUAAAGUAGAUCCUAACUCAAAUCAAACGGCAACUAGUGCCCUGCGAGAUAUAUCCUGUGAAUCUACACCAAUGGGAAUGAGGUGCGGUGUAUUGGAAGAGUUCGGAGCCACUGCUCGAGAAGAGGACAACAAGGAGCUCGUCAAGCUCGCCCUCCAACAGGACGCAGAAGAAAGUUUUCCGCGAGAAACGUUCCGUCGCCGGAGCUUCGUCAUCUGUACCACUGAACAGCAGGACGACCAGGCCCACCGUAGGCCACAUUCAGACCAAACCUACACCCUGCCGGAGGCAACAUCCUCAAUACCAACCGAAACAAUGCGAAACAAGAAGAAUGGUGCUCCUAUCACGAAACCGGCUACAGCUGGUGGAGCGAGCGGUAAAUCCUCCACACCAAAGAAACGCUCCACUGUUAGUCGCCCAUCGACAGCGGCGCCUCGUAAGUUGGUCGGAGAAAACAAAGAAAAUCAAUUGCUUAGCCAAGCCCGCAUUCGCGAUUUGGAAGAAAUUUACAACUUGACGUUGAAUGAACCUGCGCGAGAAAGAGAAACGCCGUCUCCUUCGAAUGCGCUAGUGACCCUAGCUCGCGAAAAAACCUUCUGUGACAAAUCGACUGCCCCAUCGCCAACCCACACCGGCCCAAUCGCGAACAGCGAUUCCUUCAGUUGGGCUAAAGAGCGGGAACUCGAAAGUAGCAUUAGUGAGCUACAGGAGCAACUAAAAGACACCGAAGAGCGGUACGAAAGUCUAAAGAUUCAGUACGAUACUCUUUCGCAGGUUCAUCGGACUCUACGGGAGAACCAUGGGGUUAUACAGGAGGAGAGUGACAAACUUAAGCUGGACUUUCAACACUUGACCGAGUGUGCAAAUGUGUUGAGAUCCGAAUUGCAGGCAGCCCGUAGUGAUCGGGAUGCUGCCCUUGAUCUGCAAAAAAUUCUGCAAUCCGAACUGGAAGAAUCUUGCCGAGAUAAGAAGCGAUUUCAGGAGCUAAACGAAAAGGACAGCAAAACGAUACAGGACCUGCAGCGGCAGUGUCGAGAAAUGGAACGAAUUUUGAUGAGAAAGCAUCCGGACUCGGUUUCUGCGUUGAUAGUCGCUAGCAAGCACACCAGCAGUAGCAAAUCUGCUGAAGAUGCAUCGCAGACACGCCGACUUUUGGAGCAACGUAUUGCUCAGCUGGAAGCUGACGCCAAAGAGCAAGAUGCCAAAGCGCAAGGUAUACUGGCUAAUGUGCAAGCGCGCUUCAAUUCCGUACAAGCCAAAUAUGAGACGCACAUUGCCGAUCUUGAGAUGCAGGUGCUCAGUUUGCAAGAGAUUAACUCCAAGCUGAAUGAGAAAAUCAUCCGGCAGAUGGAGGAACUCUCAAGCAUUACGAGCCACGCAGCAUCUUCGCUUCCCAGGGGAGCGACAGCUACUAGCAGCUGCUUUACGCAAACAGAUGACGUCGCAGAAAAGGAGAGUAUUAAAACUCGCUCCAUUUCAGUGCAAACCGAUAGUAAGCUGACAAGUGGCGGACCCGCGGGACGCACUCAAUCCGCUGCAGGUGGAUCGAAACGUGCUUCCUCGGCUGGAGUCGGUGGGAAAAUACCCAAUUCCCUGUCGGAUUCCCAAAUACAGAACCGUGAGGAUGCUCAUCUGUUAGCUACAAUUCGGGGAAUGCGAGUAGAUUUAGCUAUUAAAGAGAAGGCGGUACAGCGAUUAACUCGUGAGGUGGAGGAUUGUAAGAAAACCAUCAAAAAGCUACAGAAAGAGCGUGACGCGUAUUUGAAGUCCGAUGGAAAACCGACUGCUACCAAAAGCAAGGCUUAUGAUCCAUCUCAGUACUCCGAUGGGAUUACGUCCGAAACGGUUGCUCUCAAGGAUGCUCAUUUGAAAAUUAAAUUGUUGGAAGCGGAUUACAAAACGUUACACGAGAAAAGACUGCAAGAUCUUAAAACUCUCCAAGCGGCUCACGAACGGGAGUUUGCAGCCUGUCAUGAAUCGGUGCGUAUCCUACAGCAACGUUUGGCUGAACGGGAUGAGCUACCGCACACUAAAGAAAAGCGCCGUCCGAAUCAUAACAUUGACUAUUUUGCGCUUAAGGCAAAGGUGUCCUCGCUGGAACGCCGUCACUCGGAACGGGAGCAGCGCUUGCACAUGCUGGUGGAAGCCCUCAGCAAGGGAGGUAAGUUGAAUGGCGUUCACAUUCGUGCUUUGACGGCGGCUGGCGGUUGCGGUGGUGCUCAUGGGGGUUCAAACAGCACAGGAACAACGACGGGAUCGUUUAACAGUGGCCACAUGGUGGGCGAUGAGGAAAAUCGCAACCCUGUCACUCUAUCGGUGAGUCCCCAUCAACCGUUGAACGCCACUGUUGCAGGAAAUCUGUAAGUCCUGGUUAUUUGCCUUCCUUUUCUGACUAAUGGGAUCACUUUAUUUGUUCCGUUUUCGAUUAUUACACAAAGUAGUUCCAUGUGACCGUACCCUAAAAUACUGUAGUAAAAGGAAAAGUUUCAAUUAUUGUUGCUGGGUUCACAAUUAGUAACAUCUCAAAAUUAAACGUAGUACAGUUUUCGAUUGUUCCUUCCUAGAGGUAGAAAAUAUUAAAACUACACAACAGAAAUACUUGCAAACACUAGUAAUCUUAAUCUUAACCUUAACCUAGCAACGGUUUUAGUCGAUAGAAAAACGAGGAGAACAUUUUUAUUGUAGACUUGAUGUUUUAUACCCUUUGGUAAAGUUUACUUUUUUCAACUUUUUAAGAAAAAUGACUUAGAUAUUCUGUUUUAAGAAAUAAAAUCAUCUUAGAAUGAAAGAUAAGAUGAAAUUUUGUAGUGAAGUUAGUUGUGAGACAUUGUGUUCUAAAUCAUUUAGAAAUACGUACUGUUUUUUUUUUUCAAAACAAUUAAGGGCGAAUUUAGUCUCGUUGCAGUAGGCAAUCGUGCAAGUAUCAAUGGAUUAAAAGUGUCACUUAUUUUUAGCCCAAUUUAAAGUGGUAAACGUUAUCAGACAGCAAUUGUCAAAAGGAAUCAGGUAAAAAACCCAUCCCGCUUUCGAGUAUGAUCAAAGCUUCCGUUUAAGAUUCAAUAUUUUUUUUCGUCAUAUCCUUAAAGGAAGAUUCCGUACCAGUAGUGCUAGUUGCUUUUUGAUGAAAGCUUAUCUAACCGUACUCAUAGUCAUAAGAAUUAGCAUUUAGUUGCACCAUGAAUCAUUCCGUUCAACUUUGCGAUCUCAGAGAGAAAGUGUUAGCGCAAUUUGCGAAAAUCAUCCGUUCCGUGAAUGUUAUUUAUAAGCUUAUUCUUAGUCAUUACAUCUAACAUUCCAACUGGUGGUAGUUGUUUGAAGUGAGAAAAAUGAAAUAACUACGAGACAUAGGUCGAACGAGACAAUAGUUUUUGGCGAAACGUUUAUUAUUUAUUUUCGGAAUUUGUACAGUCCAUAGGUUGGAGAAAAUUACACUGGUUUUACAGUAAUAACCUAUUUUGAAAAAAAAAAAAACCAAAAAACGUACAUUCCUCCUACCGUUCUGCAUUGAGGAAAAACUUUUUUAGCAGCCCAAUGCAAGGGAAAUUGAAAAAAGAAAAUGAAUAAAGAUCAUUCAAGUACAAG